AUAAUGGGCAGAUUUUUUAGUGAUAGCGAGCCUAUAAAUAGGCUUUGGAUCAUGUAAUGGAUGUGUAGCAGAGCCAAGAAAGCCUUUAAAACAAAAUUCCUCUGCCAAUUCCUUUGUCCUAGAAACAAAAAAAAACCCUUUCUAUUUGUUACCAGCUCAAAAUAACGAGCUCCCCAUUCCUCUCACUAAAUCAAGCCCACCAAGUUUCACAAAGGAAAUAAAUAAUUUUUUUAUUUCCAACAAAGUGGUAUCAGAGCCCGAGUUAUUUCCGAGUAUGCUCUGUGGUUGCAGCGUAGUCUGAACUUCCACAUCAGAAAAGAAUUUCUCGUGUUUUUGUUAUCACGAUUGUUCCAUGGCCGAAAAAUCCACUUUCCCCAUUCAAUUCCCCCACCUUACCAAAACCAAUUAUAAAAAUUGGUGCAUUCGUAUGAAAGCCUUGCUGGGAUCCCAAGAUGCUUGGGAUAUUGUUGAGAAAGGUUACGAGAUUCCCAUAGAGGAUUCUCGGUUAUCUCCUGCUGAAAAGGAGGUUUUGAGAAAGAAUCGAAAGAGUGAUCAAAAAGCUCUCACUCUCAUUCAUCAGUGUCUUGAUGAAUCGAUGUUCGAUCAAAUAGCAGAUGCUACCACAGCAAAGGAAGCAUGGGAGAUUUUGCAAAAGGAAAUGCAAGGCGUGGAACCAGUAAAGAAGGUUCGACUUCAGACAUUAAGGGGAGAUUUUGAAGCCAUUAAAAUGAAGGAGGGUGAAUCUGUUUCAGAUUACACCGCCCGUGUGAAGUCAGUCGUCAACAAACUGAAGCAGUACGGGGAGAAAAUUGAAGAGACCAAAGUGGUGGAGAAAAUUCUACGGUCAUUAUUACCAAAGUUCGAUUAUGUGGUGGUGGCCAUGGAGGAAGCUAAGGACGUGUCAAAAAUGACAGUGGAUGAAGUCAUCGGCUCAUUGCAAGCACGUGAAGAAAGGCUAAAUAAAAGAAAUGAAGAAUCGUCAGAACAAGUGUUAGCUACAAAAGCUACCACUGAGGAGAAAGAAGGCGCACGAGGAGGAGUUCAAUACAGAGGUCGAGGCAGAGGCAACUACAGAGGCAGAGGAAGAGGAAGAGCCCUAGGAGCAUAUCAAAGCAGAGACGGAGGAAAUUUCACCACGAACAAUUAUGAAACGUCCACCAGAGGCAGAGGUCGUGGUCGUGGCCGUGGAAGAGGAAGUUGGAGAUCAAAUGAAGGUCGUGAUAAAUCCAACGUUCAGUGCCAUAAUUGCUCGAAGUAUGGGCAUUAUGCAUCAGAAUGUUGGAGUCCGCCUAAAGAAGUGGAGGAGACAGCAAACAACGUGCAAGAAGAAGUCAAAGGCACAUUGAUGCUGUCACAUCAAGGAGAUGAAAAACCGAGAGAUAACAUGUGGUAUCUGGAUAAUGCAGCAAGCAACCACAUGUGUGGAAAAAGAAACAUGUUCAUGGAUAUGGAUGAAUCAGUGAAAGGAAAUGUCGUAUUUGGAGAUUCCUCGAAGGUUCCUAUCAAAGGCAGAGGAACUAUACUCAUCCGGCUCAAGAAUGGCUCACAACAAUCUAUCAGUGAUGUGUACUAUGUCCCGGACAUGACUAGUAACAUCCUGAGUUUGGGUCAGCUGAUGGAGAAGAAUUAUGAAGUCCAUAUGGUGAAUCGUCAAUUGGAGCUGUUAAAUGAGAAGAGGCAGUUGUUGGCCAGAGUCCCAAUGUCGAAAAACAGAAUGUUCACACUGAACAUUCAGACAGAAAUUGCGAAGUGUUUGAAAGCAUGUGUGAAAGACACUACAUGGCUAUGGCAUCUGAGGUAUGGCCAUCUAAAUUUUGGAGGCCUGAAGUUGCUCGGUCAGAAGAAUAUGGUGCAUGGUCUGCCAGUGAUCAAUCAUCCAGACCAAUUGUGUGAAGGAUGCUUAGUUGGGAAGCAAUUCAGGGCAAGUUUCCCGAAGGAGUCCCUGUUACGAGCUAAAGCACCACUUGAGCUUGUCCAUGCAGAUCUCUGUGGACCGAUCACCCCAACAUCGUUCGGAAAGAACAAAUACUUCCUACUGUUCAUUGAUGAUUACAGUAGAAAGACAUGGGUUUACUUCUUGAAGCAGAAGUCAAACACAUUUGAAGCUUUCAAGAAAUUCAAGAUGCUCUUAGAGAAUGAAAGUGGCCGCUACAUCAAAGCAAUGAGAUCAGAUAGAGGUGGAGAAUUUAUGCUGAAGAAGUUCAGAAGGUUCUGUGAAUAUCAAGGAAUUCGCAGGUUUCUCACAGUCCCAAGAUCCCCACAGCAGAAUGGAGUCGUUGAGAGGAAGAAUAGAACUGUCCUCAACAUGGCGAGAAGCAUGAUGAAGAGUAAGAACCUGCCAAAGGAGCUAUGGGCUGAAGCUGUUGAUUGUGCAGUCUACCUACUGAACAGGUCACCAACAAAGAGUGUUUGGAAUCAAACACCCCAAGAAGCAUGGAGCGGAAGGAAACCCACAAUCUCUCACCUCCGAGUCUUCGGAAGUGUCGGAUAUGUGCACGUACCGGAUCAAGAAAGGAAGAAGUUGGAUGACAAAAGCAAGAAGUACAUAUUCCUGGGAUACUCAGAACACUCAAAAGGUUAUAAGAUGUUUGAUCCCGUGGAAGAGAAGUUGAUCAUCAGCAGAGAUGUGGUAGUUGAUGAAGAAGCAACAUGGGAUUGGACUGCUGAAGCAAAGAAGAAUUACACUUUUUACCCAUUCACUAUGGAUGAAAGUGAUGAUGAACCAGAUACAGCUACACCUGUGACAAGUCCACCCAGUCACAGAGAGCCUGCCAGCCCAGAAGGAGAAUCUAGUGAAAGUCCCCGAGAAAGGCCACAGAAGUAUAGGAGACUUGAAGAAAUUUAUGAGGAAACGACAACCAUUGAAGGUGAUGAAUUGACACUCUACUUUCAUUUCAUUGAUAGUGAACCAGUUGAUGUCGAAGAAGCCAUGAAGGAUGAAAAAUGGAAGAGAGCUAUGGAUGAAGAAAUUGGAGCAAUUGAGAAGAACAAGACUUGGGAGCUUGUGUCACUUCCUAAGAACCAGAAGCCAAUCGGUGUGAAGUGGGUAUUCAAGGCCAAGAAAAAUGCUAAAGGAGAAGUCGUCAGACACAAAGCAAGAUUGGUGGUGAAAGGAUAUAGUCAGAGACCAGGCAUUGACUAUAAUGAAGUUUUUGCUCCUGUAGCGAGAAUGGAGAGUAUCAGGAUGGUGAUAUCUCUCGCUGCUCAAAAUGGAUGGAAGAUACAUCAAAUGGAUGUGAAGUCAGCUUUUCUCAAUGGAUAUCUCGAGGAAGAUAUCUAUGUGGAGCAACCCCCUGGAUAUAUCGUUGAAGGUCAAGAAGAUAAGGUGUUGAAGCUGAAGAAAGCAUUGUAUGGUCUGAAACAAGCACCUAGAGCUUGGAAUAGCAGGAUUGACAAGUAUUUUCAGCAGAAUGGAUUCAGCAAAUGCCUACAUGAGCAUGCACUAUACUGCAAGGUGCAAGGGGGAGCAAUAUUGAUGGUUUGCCUAUAUGUAGAUGAUCUCGUCUUUACAGGCAACGAUCCUCAAAUGUUUGAAGAGUUCAAGAAGACGAUGGUUCGUGAGUUCGAGAUGCCAGACAUCGGACUAAUGUCAUACUAUCUUGGAAUUGAAGUAAGUCAAAAAGAGGAAGGAAUUUUCAUCUCACUGGGUGGUUUCGCCAAGGAGGUCCUGAAGAAGUUUAAGAUGGAGAGCUGUAAUCCUGUGAGUACACCAGCUGAGUGUGGACUAAAACUAUCAAAGGAUAACAAAGGAGAGAAGGUAAACUCAACGGAGUUUAGAAGCCUGGUGGGAAGUCUGAGAUACCUGACUUGUACUAGGACAGAUAUUCUCUACGCAGUUGGAUUAGUCAGCAGAUACAUGGAGGCACCUACUAUGUCACACUGGAAUGCUGCCAAGAGGAUAUUAUGCUACAUCAAAGGUACAAUUGAUCAUGGUCUUCUUUAUACUAAGUCAGAAAAUUUCAAAUUGGUUGGAUACUGCGACAGUGAUUGGGCAGGAGACGUCGAUGAUCGCAAGAGCACUACAAGAUUUGUAUUUUUUCUGGGAGAUACAGCUUUCACAUGGAGUUCAAAGAAGCAAGCUAUAGUGACACUGUCUACUUGUGAAGCUGAGUAUGUUGCUGCGACAUCGUGUGCGUGUCAUGCAAUAUGGCUGAGAAAGUUACUGAAAGAGUUGAAUAUGACACAAGAAGAAUCAACUGAGAUAUUUGUGGAUAACAAGUCUGCCCUGGCACUAGCAAAGAACCCAGUGUUUCAUGAUCGCAGUAAACACAUUGAUACAAGAUAUCACUUUCUGAGAGAAUGCGUGGAGCAGAAAGAAGUGACGUUGAAGUAUGUAAAGACUGAAGACCAGAUUGCAGAUAUUUUCACGAAGCCGCUCAAGCAAGACGUGUUCGUCAAACUGAGGACGCUACUCGGAGUUACGACGAAUUAAACUUUAAGGGGGAGUGUUGAAAUUAAAAAAUAAAGUUUAAUUAAUGAUAUCUAAGAAAAAUAUCUAGACAACAAAAAAAUCAGAAAUUGCUAGAACGUGGUAUGUGUGGAAUUGUGUGGAAGCUUGGUUAGUUGUUAGUUGUGAUUUAAAAAAAAAAAAAAUCAGCACCACAAGACAUAGGCAGUUCUCAACUGCCUUCAUAAAUAUGGGCAGAUUUUUUAGUGAUAGCGAGCCUAUAAAUAGGCUUUGGAUCA